AUGGAAACCAAAGAAUAUCAUAUUGGAAAGACUGUACCCGAAAUGAUUGCCACACUCGAAAAAUACGAUAAUGAAUGUAGAUGGGCUACUAAUGAUUCACGAAUUGCAAACUAUGACGAAACCGGUGAAUACCUUCAAGUCGUUCUCAGACCAUUUCCGAAUUAUGAGGAUAUGCCAAACGAAGAGUUGAUAAAACGCUACAACCACAGCAGUCACUGGGUUUUUUGA